GCUGAACAUGUGGUUUCGCGUUAGAAGGUACGCGUCGGACACUCCCCGCACGCAAAGCCUUGUCUUUCCGAUCCAACUUCAAAUCACUUACCCACACACAAAAAGACGUCAUGCCGCAAAUAAGGAAACGACGUGCACCAGUUGAGGACGAUGAAGACGACAUCCCGGAGCCAACACAAACGCAGCACUACGAGCAGGAAGAUCUCGACGAUGAUGGCUAUGGAGACGAACAAACUGGCAGUAGCAGUCUUGCGCAGCUGUCCAAAAGUUUAGUGCGGUAUGCACUGGCAUGCGAAUACUCUCGAACCCCGAUCAAGCGACAGGAUGUCACACAGAAAGUACUCGGCAGCCACUCGCGCAUGUUCAAACAAGUCUUCGAUGCCGCGAACGCGGAACUGUUAGAUACGUUUGGCAUGGAAUUGGCAGAACUACCGAAUCGAGAGAAGGUCACAAUGAGACAAAAGCGCUCCGCCGCUGCCUCGGAAUCACAGAACAAGUCAAGCGGGCAAUGGGUCCUACGAAACGCGCUUCCAGACAAAUUCCGCACGUCGAACAUCAUCGAGCCGCCUCGCAUACCCACGGCAGAAAUUGAAAGCAACUACGUUGGAUUUUACACCAUGGUGAUCGCGCUGAUUACUCUCAACGGAGGACAACUAUCGGAAUCGAAGCUGGAUCGAUAUCUGAGGCGGAUGAAUGCAAAUCAGUCGACGCCCAUGGAUACUACAGAGAAGGUCUUUGCAAGGAUGGUAAAAGAGGGCUAUAUUGUCAAAAUCAAAGACUCGUCUAGUGGGGAGGAGAUAGUUGAUUUUGUUGUUGGACCACGAGGGAAGGUUGAGGUGGGCACAGAAGGAGUUGCGAAUAUGGUGCGGACGGUGUAUGGACAGGACUCGGUGCAUGAUCUGGAGCAGAGACUGAGUAGAAGUCUGGGUGUUGUGGACGCGUCGGUAGGUCAUGAUGGGGGUGGCCCGCCAGCAACGCAAGCCAGCGCGGUACGAAGACCGGGUCGUCCGAGACGGAGAGCGGCAGAGGAUGAUGAAGAUGAAUGAGAUGGUUGAAGUUUAUCGUUUGUUGACAACGAAGACUACUAUCUACGCUCGAAAGAGGAAGCCACCGGAACAGAUACUUGAGGACGUACUUAUUGGAUGCUGGAUAUUUCAAAUGCAUUUAAGGGUAGCCCAGGACCGAUUGAUCCACAGAGGACACAAAGCAGUCGAGUUGUUGGAAGGGAGGCAAAUAAGACACCGACAAUUAAUCACACCUGGUGGGAGCUGAGAGGAGUGACAAGACUUGGAACUCUCCAUGGUAUAGCAUUGGGAGAAUUAUGCAGACAUAGUAGAGCAGACCUAUCCCAACACCGGCUACCAUACGGAUAGUUAUGUAGUAGGCAUUUGUUCAAAAGCCAUCAAAUGGUUACCGACUUUAAGAACCCCAUGAAGAUCUGGGGGAGUAGAUCACCAUUAAUUUAAUGCUUUUAUG